AUGGAGAAGUACGACAAGGUGUUGUGUUUGGGCAGAGGAGCGACAGGAGAAGUCUUCCUGAUGAGACACACCGAGGCCAAGAGUUUGCAUGCGGUGAAAAGGAUCAAACUGGAGAGCAAACGCACACAGAGGGCGAUCCUUCAAGAGGCGGAGAUCAUCCGGAAGCUGCAUCAGCCUCACAUUGUGAACUGCAGUGAUGCUUUGGUGAGCGCUGAUGACGGCUAUAUUUACAUCGUGAUGGACUACUGUGACGGCGGCACGUUAGAUGACAAAGUCAAAGAAAGGAAACCAAGCGAUUACUUCCCGGAGGGCGUGGUCAUGGGCUGGUUUGUGCAGGUGGCUCAGGCUGUUAGUUAUAUCCACAAUGCUAAAAUACUUCACAGAGACAUCAAAACAUCAAACGUGUUGCUAACAAAAGAAGGCACGGUGAAGUUAGGAGACUUCGGGGUAUCCAAAGUCAUGACGAGCACAGCCGACAUGGCUUCCACUUGUGUUGGAACUCCGUGUUACCUCAGCCCAGAACUGUGCCAGGAUGUCCCGUACAGUUCCAAGUGUGACAUCUGGGCUCUGGGCUGCCUGCUGUAUGAGCUCUGUGCUCUAAGACCUCCUUUUGCAGCAUCCAAUCUCCUCAGUCUUUUUUACAAGAUCACUAAAGGAGAGUAUGACCCUUUGCCUAAAAUGUACUCUCAAAAUGUCACCUCUUUAAUGCACGGAAUGUUGUGCAUUGAACCUGCAAACAGGCCAAGUGCUGCCUGCAUCGUUGACAGCUCCUUUGUGCAACAUCAUUUACAGCAUCGUGAAGAUACAGAACACUUUUCUACCGAAGAGGACAUCAGUUCAUAUGCUCCCUGUGGACACAGUUUGAGUCAUAUUGAAGAAGGGGAUAGUUGCUUCUACCCUGACGACUUUGACGACGAGGAAUGUUUAUCUUCUUUUGAGGAACCGAGUCAACACUCUGACAUAUCAUCAAGGAGCCGCUCUGCUGAGCCUCUCGGUAAUGUUGAGGUGACCUCAGACGGGGGCCUUUUUUAG